AUGCCGAAGAGAGCGCUCGUGGCUUACGCCGUCGACGUCGACGCUUGUGCCAAUUGGAUCAAUACCCGUGAUGGCACAAGGAUUGGUGCCACUGAUGUCUCACGAGGUAUCUUCGGGGCUAAUGUUGGCACCGACCGUAUGCUCAAGAUGUUCGAGGAUUACAACAUCAAAGCCUCGUGGUAUAUGCCAAGCCACACUAUUCUGUCUUUUCCGGAGCAGAUGGCCAAGGUUAGGGAUGCGGGGCAUGAAAUUGGUCUACACGGCUAUACGCACGAGUUUGUGCGCUUCCUCACUGAGGAGCAGGAGCGCAAGGUCAUGGCCAAGUCCAUCGAGGUAUAUCAACAGUUCACGGGCAAGUACCCCAAGGGAUGGGUGGCACCAGCCUGGGAAGUCAGCCCAAAGACCAUGUCCAUCCUAGAGGACUUUGGGAUCGAGUAUGAUCACUCGAUGCUUCACCACGAUUGCCAGCCAUACUAUGUCGCCGAUGUUCCCGAGGACUCGGUCGUGCACACCGACUACUCGCAGGAUCCCGACACUUGGAUGAAGCCCAUGAAAGAGCACAAGCCAACCAAGGUUGUUGAGAUCCCUGGUUCGUGGAAUGUGGACGAUUGGCCACCAAUGAACUACACCAGACGUCCAGGAACCCACGGAUUCGUGAACCCAAGGGAUAUCGAAGUACAAUGGCGUGAUCAGUUUGACUUCUUUUACCGGGAGUAUGAUUCUUUUGUCUUUUGUGUUAGCUGUCACCCGCAGGUCAGCGGCAAGUCCAACGUCAUGUUGAUGCACGAACGUUUCAUCGAGUAUCUCAAGUCGAAGGAGGGUGUGGAGUUUGUAACAAUGGCCCAGGUAUGUGACGAGUUCAAGUCAGGAAAGCUCGCGGGUGUCACUAUCAAGGCUGGUGUCCCAGAAUAA